UUUAAUUUAACAUCACAAAUGCAGUCUACUUCGGAAAAAUCCGAACCGGUGCUUUUGGCGUUGCAUAAUUCUCUCGUGCUACAAAACAUUUGCAUCCUCACUACUCUCCUCACCAGGUUCCCAGCUGAACAAUGGCCGGUCCGGGCAAAUGCUUCCUCGUCACCGGCCCUCCUGUAAGCGAAUUCCAUUUGGUAAUAGAAUCUUGUAAUAUAAUGUCUUGUUGUAAGACUCUUGGUAUUUUUUUCUUGCAGGGUGUGGGUAAAACCACACUAAUUAUGAGAGUUAUUGAAGCCCUAAAAGCCUCCAACCUCAGCUUGAAAGUUCAGGGCUUUUACAGUCGUGAAGUUAGACAAGGAAGCGAGGGGGUGGGUUUUGAGGUGGUCACUUUAGAUGGCCGUAGAGGUCGACUCGCCUCCUCCACUAUUUCAAGCCCUGAGUCCUUUAGAUGGCCCAAUGUUGGGAAGUACAAAGUAGAUAUAACAUCAUUUGAGCCACUGGCGCUACCUGAGUUGCAGGUCAGAGAGGAUAUUGAUCUCUUCAUCAUUGAUGAGGUUGGGAAGAUGGAGAUGUACAGUUCAUCUUUCUUCCCCGCAGUUCUGAAAGUUCUUGAAUCAAGCAUCCCAAUUUUGGCUUCUGUCCCUAUUCCGAAAUUUGGCCGUGAUAUUCCUGGAGUUUCAAGGUUGAAGAACCACCCAGGGGCAACCAUUUUUACAUUGAGCACAAGUAACAGGGAUGCUGUUAAAGAUCAUAUAUAUUCCAUAUUGGUAGAUUUGCUGAAUAAACACUAGGUGUUGCCCCAAAUGUUGGGUUCUGUAUAUAUGGUAAACAUUAGGACAGUUCGGCGGUCAUGUGGUGGCUGCUGGCGAUCGACAAGCACACAAUGGCCACCACCCUGCCAGAUUGUUCCAAUGGCCAUGUAGUGACCGCUAGACAAACAUUGGUUCUUAUUCAUUGGAUAGUGGUUUUCAUAUCGGUUACCAAAUAUGUUUUCAACAGAGAGUUGGAUUAAGCUAAAUAUGUACUGUCUUCAAGCUUC